AUGGAAUACUUCGCCAGCCCUGAAAUCAUUCCUGUAGUGCCACGCGACACAUCAACCUCAAUGCGCUCUCUGCCACCCUAUGUUACCCCGUGCGUAUCGAUGGCAGAGUUUUUACACAUGAUGAAGUCUUUCCCAGCAGAGCCGACAAUGUGUAUCAAAAUUUUGGAUUUUGGGAGAGCACAUAGGACGAGUGAGAAGCUCACAACUUUGCCAGGGGCAGCGCCGAAAUUGAUUCGCCCCCCCGAGGUUGUAGUUUACGACGACUCCGAGGGCAGAGCUGGGUCUGUCUGGAGUAAAUCAGCGGAUAUAUGGGCCGUUGGGUGCACAAUAUACCAGAUCUAUUACAAGACUAGCUACGAACUCAUUUCUACUUGGGGGUCACAUAACGAUUUUAUCCUCCGAACGGUUCAACUUGGCGGGCCUCCACCCGAUGCCUGGCCCGGCAUUUGGAACACUAGAAGCGGGCAUGGUAACGGAACAAACAACGGGGACUUUUGCAGCCGGGAUGAGGCCUGGAGAAAUCAGGAAGCUGAUUCUAGCUCGCCGCUUGAUGGGAGGAAGCAAGCAUUUAUUGACUUGUUAAAAGAAAUGAUUGUCACGAACCCGGACGGACGGACUCCUCUGGCAGAUUUAUUAGGGCAUCCCUUUUUCGCCAUCACCAACAGCGAGACACCAAGCCCCACCAAAGACGUCGAGGCUGUCAGGCAAGCCAACUUUUUUUUUCCAGCCUCGCCGAUGACUGUAUCUUCACAUCUCCUUCUCACUCACGUCUGCUGUGACGCAUACCCGCAAUUCCGAUGCCUGUCAUGCCGCUCCUCAUACUCUCCUUUUAACGCAUCAUUUUUCGCUCGCCGCACGGCAGCUACCGCGUCCCGACGACCGAACUCAUAUACUGCACGCUUUCCGACAUUCUUUCCAAGAUCUGCCCGUCUAGACUCAACCCUGGGGGACAGACCAUCACACCGGAAAACCCAAAAGGAUCCCACAAUCAUGACCACGAAGGUCGAGCUGGCCUUGGUGCCAACUUCCGACACACCAGGGACAUGCAUAUACGUGCACCACGAGAAACGCUCCUACGUAUUUGGCCAGGUGCCCGAGGGCACGCAGCGCGCUUUUUCAUGUCGCAAACUGCACCUCGGCGGCACGGAGCACGUUUUCCUUUCUGGUCCUGUUCGCUGGUCGCAAAUGGGCGGCCUGAUCGGCUAUCUUUUGAGCGUCGGCGGUGCUAUCGAUUCCGCCAAAGAGGCUCGUGCCACGAUGAACUCGGAGCGUGCUGAAAAGGGUCAAAAAUUAUUACGCCAGCUGCGGAACGAGGGCGUGACAGUCCACGGCGCGGACAACUUGUCUCAUAUUCUCGCCUCGGCGCGGCCGACCAUCUUCCGUCAGAACAUUGACGUGCGCGUAAUUGAAUUUAGAGAGGACCCGCGCGCCGCGGAUUCGACGCUGACGGCCCCGGAUUGGGAAGAUGAGUCGAUUCGUGUGUGGAAAAUUCCGGUGCGGAGGGCGCGCUCGAGCAGCCCAACAAAGCGGCCGCGCAGCGACAGUGCGAGCAGCGGCUCAUGCAAACCAGCUUCGGAGCCGUCAGACCCCUCCGUAGCACAGUGGAUUUUGGAGAAAAUCAUGUUUACCGGCGCCCAUGAUAAUGCUAUGCUAAUCUCCAAGAGCAUCGACGAGCUAAAACCCGACGACGACGCAAUAGUUGUAGAGGGGAACCGCAUGCGGCGCUACAAUGGCCCGUUUGGCGUCGAUGCGCCAAAGUCGUUUAGCGGUUCAGCCAAGGCCUGGGUGUUUCCUGAUGCCAAUAGCGUGCACCCCAAGGGCGACCUGAUUGGCAUCAACACUGUCUCAAAUGGCGCACUGCCGCCAACGUCGUACUCCGAGACCUCCAUGAGCUACAUUAUGAAGUGUCACGAUCGACGUGGCAAGUUCAAUGCCCAGGCAGCAAAGGAUCUUGGUGUGAAGCCGCAAAGCUUCAAGCUCUUGACAGCCGGUGAAACGGUAACGACAGACAGCGGCACUGUCGUGACUCCCGACAUGGUACUCGGAGAGCGUCAGCCCGGCAGAGGUAUCGCUGUCGCUGAUAUUAGCAGCCGCGACUUUCUGGACGCAUUCUUUGAGCGUCCCGAGUGGACAAACGCUGAAAUCAUGGCCGAAGUCAAAACAAUGUAUUGGGUUCUUGGCGACGGCAUCGUGGCAGAUCCCAAGAUCCAGCAAUAUAUCAAGGCCCAUCCGGAUAUCAAACAUGUCCUGUGCUCUCCCAACACAUGUCCCAACAUGAUUAGCAAUUCUAGUUCUGCCGAGACGCUCGCCAAGCUGCGCCGCGUCGAUCCUGAUCGGUUCCCGUUUGUCGCCUUUGACAACACUGUCGACUACGCAGUUCCCGACAAUGUCCCAUCGCUUGAGCUUGGCAGAACAGGUCACAGGUCCCAGCUCAUGCCGCGCCUACUCCACGACGACGGUCCUGUCGCAUCAUUUACCGAUCUUCAGUUGGCAUACAACGCGGUUGACCAGGAGGCAAUCGAGCUCGCCCAAAAAGCCAAGGCGAAGGUGACGGACCCGGCGUUUCUCGCACGCAUUGAGCGUCAAGAAGCCGACAUCCCCAACCGCGAUGCCGAAAUCACUGCCCUCGGCACAGGCUCCAGCGUGCCCAACAAGCACCGCAACGUAUCUGGCACUCUAAUUCGCGUUCCUGGCAUCGGCAGUUACCUGCUCGACUGCGGCGAAGGCACGCUCGGCCAGAUCAAGCGCUUGUUUGGCCCCAAGGGCACCGCCGCGGUCCUCCGCGACCUGCGCUGUAUCGUCGUCAGCCACCUGCACGCGGACCACCACCUUGGCAUGGCCAGCACCAUUAAAGCUUGGUACGAGCAGGCGCUCGCCGACAAGAGCGACGCACUCCUCGCUGUGAGCUGCAUCGACCGGUACCGCGCCGUCCUGGAGGAGAUUGCGCAGGUCGAGGAUAUUGGCUUCCACCGGCUGCGCUUCCCGAGCUGCGUCGGCCCACAUCGCGAUGUCACGACCGCCGAGCAGCUCGGCGGGCUCGGUGCCCCCGACGCCUUUGGCCUGCGACGCAUCCGCCGCGUGCCCGUCCCGCACUGCUGGCGCUCCUAUGCCACGGAGUUCGAGCUCGUCUCGGGCCUGCGCAUCGCCUGGUCCGGCGACUGCCGCCCGUCGAGCCAGUUUGCGAGGGCGUGCCGCGGCGCGCACCUCCUGGUGCACGAGUGCACGUUUGGCGACGACAAGCAGGACCACGCCAAGGCCAAGAACCACAGCACCAUGAGCGAGGCGCUGGGCGUGGCCCGCGAGAUGCAGGCCCGCCGCACGCUGCUCACGCACUUUUCGCAGCGAUACGGCAAGGCGGACGCGCUGCAGCCCAUCAUCGAGGGCGAUGCGCGGGGCGAGGAAAAGGAGCAGUCGGUGCUGCUGGCGCACGACCUGAUGCGCGUCAAGCUAGGCGACUUUCAAAAGGCGGCGUGCUAUGUCCCUGCGAUUGCGCAGGUCCUGGCCAAAACGGCGACUGAUGCCUAA